AUGCUGAAGUCCAACCACAUAUGGCUUUUGCUUAAUGUAGCUGCAGGGGUCAAGAGGUAUCUGUUUGAGAUGACCAAAUCCCAGGUCAAGACGACGCACUCGGAACUCGAAGAGUGUUUCAUAUCCGCUUGCGCCUACUCGCACACAUAUCUGCUGUCUCUAGUCCAAGAAAGGAUAUUCACUCUUGCUGCCAGUCCUCGUUCCACUGGCCUGGAAGAAGAGGAGCUAACCAAAGAGCAAACAUAA